AUGAACACAGCCGUUACGAUCAGCACAGACUUCCUCCUCGCUCUCCUCCCAGUCCCUUUCGUAUGGCAACUUCAGCUCAACGGCCGCACAAAGAUAACCUUAGUUUGCAUCCUAGCGCUUGGGCUGUUCGCUGGUGUUGCCGCCAUCAUCAAGUCCGAGAAGCAAAAGACCGCCCUCAUCGACCCGGAUCCAUACAUCGACGAUACAUUCACCAUGUGGCGGUUCAUUGAAUACGAUGUCGGAAUUAUCGUUGCGUCAUUACCAUCGCUCAAGCCUCUGUUCAAACAUAUUCUUCACAAUGGUACAAGAGGCACGACGGUGAGCUCAGGACAUCAGAUUGUGAAUAAGGUGAGGUGUUCUAUGCGGAACAAGGUAGCGGACGACGACGAGGUACCGCUGGAAAACUACAAGGGGGUUGGUAACUCGGUUGAGGUGUCUUCGGGUUUGCCAAAGACGCCGGUGGAUGGUAAGAGUAGUGAGGAAAGCGUGAGACCUUUUGGGUCGAACGCUAUAUUUGUCGAUACGAAAUGGCGCGUGAGCUGA